AUGUCUGGUCGCGGCAAACAAGGGGGCAAAGCUCGUGCCAAGGCUAAGACUCGCUCUUCUCGUGCAGGUUUGCAGUUCCCCGUGGGCCGAGUGCACCGCCUGCUCCGCAAAGGCAACUACUCCGAGCGCGUUGGGGCCGGCGCGCCGGUGUAUCUCGCGGCGGUGCUUGAGUACCUGACCGCCGAGAUCCUGGAGUUGGCGGGCAAUGCGGCCCGUGACAACAAGAAGACCCGCAUUAUCCCGCGCCACCUGCAAUUGGCUAUCCGCAACGACGAAGAGCUUAAUAAACUUUUGGGGCGUGUGACCAUCGCGCAGGGUGGCGUUCUGCCGAAUAUUCAGGCAGUGCUGCUGCCCAAGAAGACUGAGAGCCAUCAUAAGGCCAAGGGAAAGUGAAGUGUUAACGCUUCAUACACUGCUGUUUUUCUGUCAGCAGACGAAAUCAGGCUAACAACAAAGGCUCUUUUCAGAGCCACCUACGACUUCCAUUAAAGGAGCUGUUGUGCUUUAGAUUAUGCCGCCCAUAAAGAUGUUUUUAACGUGUUUUUAAUGGUUUCGAGUGUGGCACUUUUAGUAAUUUGUCCUGCAGAAAUUAGAUCCAUAGAAGCCCCAGGAACUCUAGGUAUGUGGGAGAAGUGCCAUGCAGCACGAAAAACAUGUUUACAGGGGUGAUUCAUGUUAAAUUUCACACACGGUAGUUACUGCAUUUUAGAGGAAAGAAAUUACACCCGUAAGUGCAUUCCUAGCUAUUUUUAAUGGAAGUGUUAAAACCCGCCUACCCCACACGUUAAAACAGUUUGAAAAUGUCAUACCAUUUGCUGUAGCAAUUGAUGGCAUACACAAUUGAGAGCAUAUUACCACUGAACAUUUGAGUAUGUAUUUCCCAAAAUAAGGAGCUUUUUUCCAGUUUGGGUAUGUUUUGCUUUGUUUUGAGGUGGAGUCUGCCUCUGUAGCCCAAGCUGGAGUGCAGCGGCGUGAUAACAGCUUACUGUAACCUCGAACUCGGGCUCAAGCGAUCCUCUUGACAGCCUUCCGAGUAGCUGGGAUUACAGGCGAGAGCCGCCACGCCCGGCCAAGAGCAUUUUUCCAAUUGCCCACACUUCUUAUGCCACGCCCAGGAAAAUGUCAUUUUAAAUAAAGCGCAUAUGCAAAUUUCCCUAAUCGUCUCCGAUAUGCUCUGAUUUCUUUUUUAUAUUUUAACUAGAAACAAUUGGAGGUUUCCGCGUUGUUUUGUGUGGUUGUAAAUUUUAAGACUUUAGGAAGCUUUUCCAGUACAAGACUUGUCCACAGCGGAUAUAGCAGCUAAGGGGUUAACAAAAUGACGUCAGAGUAGCUACGGUAAUGGGCAGGAGCCCCUCUCAAUCUGCAACCAGGCACAGAGAUGGACCAAUCCAAGAAGGGCGCGGGGAUUUUUGAAUUUUCUUGGAUCCAAUAGUUGGUGGUCUGACUCUAUAAAAGAAGAGUAGCUGUUUCUUCUCCACAGACGUCUCUGCAGGCAGGCUUUUCUGUUUGUUUGCUAUGGCUCGUACUAAACAGACAGCUCGCAAGUCCACCGGCGGUAAAGCGCCGCGCAAGCAGCUGGCUACCAAGGCUGCUCGCAAGAGCGCGCCGGCUACCGGCGGCGUGAAAAAGCCUCACCGCUACCGCCCGGGCACUGUGGCUCUGCGCGAGAUCCGCCGCUACCAGAAGUCGACCGAGCUGCUGAUCCGGAAGCUGCCGUUCCAGCGUCUAGUGCGAGAAAUCGCCCAGGACUUCAAGACCGAUCUUCGCUUC